AGGUCCAGAUACGUUGAUGAAGCGGAAGCUCUCAUAGCUGCGGAUGAAGACGAAAUUGAAGAGCUUUCUUGUUUAGAAAACCCGUGUAGGUACGGGGGAACAUGCGUCGUCACUUCCUGUGGCAGUUACGAGUGCAAAUGCCGGCCGGGUUUCUCAGGAAAGCAUUGUGACUGCGUUGUCAAAGAGUGUGAUUUUGACAAAAAUCCGUGUCGCCACAAUGCAACCUGUAUUGACAUGGGUUCAGACUAUAUCUGCAAAUGUCCAUCGGGUAUCAAAGGAAGACAUUGUGAGAUUGACAUCGAUGAAUGUGAUGCCUUGGCGUGUUCCAACGAAGCUACUUGCAUCAACACUGUCGGAAGUUACAUGUGCAAGUGUAGACCUGGAUUUAAAGGAAAGACGUGCUGUUCAGAUAUCAACGAAUGUGAGUCGUCAGACGGCGAUCCUUGUGAAAAUGGGGGAACUUGUGAGAACACUUAUGGCAGCUUUUGGUGUGCAUGUCCCAGUGGGUUUGUUGGAAAACGUUGCGAACGCGAUCGUAAUGAAUGUGUUAAUUGGCCAUGUGAGAAUGGUGGAAAGUGUAUCAAUACCAGAGGAAGCUAUGAGUGCUCUUGCCCAGAAACUUAUCAGGGAGAGCAUUGCGAGCGAGAUGUAGAUGAGUGUCUCACAAACAACCCUUGCAAGAAUGGAGCAACAUGUACCAAUUUACCCGGAGACUACAAGUGUGAUUGUCCAAAGGGAUGGGAAGGGAAAAAUUGCGACCAAGAUGUUAACGAAUGUACUUCCACUCCAUGUAAAAAUGGCGGUACAUGCGUCAACCUACACGGCAGCUUCGAAUGUCUCUGUACAUACCAACAUUCUGGUGUUCUCUGCGAACAAGCAUGCAAUGCAGCCCUCGGCAUGGAGAGCGGCGCCAUCCUGGAUGAACAGAUCAUUGCUUCUUCAGAAUAUGAUGGAAAUCAUGCUGCUAAGCAGGGGAGAUUGAACUUCCUAGCGGUCCCAGGUAAAGCAGGAAGCUGGUCAGCUCGCACAAAUGACGCCAAUCAAUGGAUACAAGUAAAACUUCCCAGCAACACAAAAAUAUCUCGUUUUUCGACGCAAGGAAGAAAUGCAUUCAAUCAGUGGGUUACAAAAUACCAGCUAAUGUACAGUGAAGAUGGACUCAACUUCCAUUAUUAUCAUGAGCGAGGGCAGAGCUCACCUAAGGAAUUUCAAGGCAACAGUGACAGUGAAACUAUUGUAUAUCACGAGUUGAACCCGCCUAUUGAAGCACGCUAUGUUAGACUUCGUCCUACAGCCUGGCACAACCACAUAUCCUUGCGAAUGGAACUGUACGGAUGCGAAGUUUGUGUUCAAGCACUUGGAAUGGAGAGCGGGGAUAUCGUAGAUGCCCAGAUCACUGCUUCUUCAGAAUUUGAUGGAAAUCAUGCUGCUAAGCAGGGGAGAUUGAACUUCCAAGCCGUCCCAGGUAAAGCAGGAAGCUGGUCAGCUCGCACAAACGACGUCAAUCAAUGGAUACAAAUAAAACUUCCCGGAUACACAAAGAUAACCCGGUUUGCGACGCAGGGAAGAAAUGCAUUCAAUCAGUGGGUAACGCAAUACAAGUUAGAGUACAGCGAGGACGGCGUAACUUUUCACUAUUACCAUGAACCAGGCCAGAGUGCACCUAAGAUAUUUCAUGGAAACACGGAUAGUAACACUAUUGUGACCCAUGAAUUGCUUCCUCCCAUCCAAGCACUGUACAUCAGGCUUCGUCCUACUGCUUGGUUCAAUCAUAUAUCAAUGAGGAUGGAGAUCUACGGAUGUCCAGCAUGCACAAAACCACUUGGUAUGGAGAGCGGCGCCAUCUUGGAUGCACAGAUUACUGCUUCUUCAGAAUUUAAUGGAAAUCAUGCUGCUACGCAAGGCAGGUUAAACUUCCUAGCGGUCCCAGGUAAAGCAGGAAGCUGGUCAGCUCGCACAAACGACGUCAAUCAAUGGAUACAAAUAAAGUUUCCCGGAUACACAAAGAUAACUCAGUUCGCCACACAGGGAAGAAAUGCAUUCAAUCAGUGGGUAACGCAGUACAAGUUAGAGUACAGCGAGGAUGGUGUGACUUUUCAUUAUUACCAUGAACCGGGCCAGAGUGCACCUAAGGAAUUUGUUGGUAAUACAGACAGUAACACCAUUGUGACCCAUGAGUUGUUUCCUCCCAUCCAAGCACACUAUAUAAGGCUUCGUCCUUCUACGUGGGUUAAUCAUAUAUCAUUGAGAAUGGAAGUCUACGGAUGUCGAGCAUGCGUUCAAGCACUUGGUAUGGAAAACGGUGACAUCAAAGAUGCUCAGAUAACCGCUUCUUCAGAAUUUGAUGGAAAUCAUGCUGCUAAGCAAGGCAGGUUGAACUUCCUAGCCGUCCCAGGUAAAGCAGGAAGCUGGUCAGCUCGCACAAAUGACGUCAAUCAAUGGAUACAAGUUAAACUUCCCGGAUACACAAAGAUAACCAGGUUUGCAACGCAAGGAAGAAAUGCAUUCAAUCAGUGGGUAAAGCAGUACAAGUUAGAGUACAGCGAGGACGGUGUGUCUUUUCAUUAUUACCAUGAACCGGGCCAGAGUGCAGCUAAGAUAUUUCAUGGAAACACGGAUAGUAACACUAUUGUGACCCAUGAAUUGCUUCCUCCCAUCCAAGCACUUUACAUCAGGCUUCGGCCUACUGCUUGGUUCAAUCAUAUAUCAAUGAGAAUGGAGAUCUACGGAUGUCCAGCAUGCGCUGAACCACUUGGUAUGGAGAGCGGCGCAAUCUCAGAUGCACAGAUUACUGCAUCUUCAGAAUUUAAUGGAAAUCAUGCUGCUAAGCAAGGCAGGUUGAACUUCUUAGCCGUCCCAGGUAAAGCAGGAAGCUGGUCAGCACGCACAAACGACGUCAAUCAAUGGAUACAAGUAAAACUUCCCGGAUACACAAGGAUAACCAGGUUUGCGACACAAGGAAGAAAUGCAUUUAACCAAUGGGUAACGCAGUACAAGUUAGAGUACAGCGAGGACGGUGUGACUUUUCAUUAUUACCAUGAACCAGGCCAGAGUGCAGCUAAGAUAUUUCAUGGAAAUACGGAUAGUAACACUAUUGUGACCCAUGAAUUGCUUCCUCCCAUCCAAGCACUUUACAUCCGGCUUCGUCCUACUGCUUGGUUCAAUCAUAUAUCAAUGAGGAUGGAGAUCUACGGAUGUCCAGCAUGCACAAAACCACUUGGUAUGGAAAGCGGCGCCAUCUUGGAUGCACAGAUUACUGCAUCCUCAGAAUUUGAUGGAAAUCAUGCUGCUACGCAAGGCAGGUUGAACUUCCUAGCAGUCCCAGGUAAAGCAGGAAGCUGGUCAGCUCGCACAAAUGACGCCAAUCAAUGGAUACAAGUAAAACUUCCCGGAUACACAAAGAUAACUCAGUUCGCCACACAGGGAAGAAAUGCAUUCAACCAAUGGGUAACGAAGUACAAGUUAGAGUACAGCGAGGACGGUGUGACGUUUCAUUAUUACCAUGAACCAGGCCAGAGUGCAGCUAAGAUCUUUCAUGGAAACACGGAUAGUAACACUAUUGUGACCCAUGAAUUGCUCCCUCCCAUCCAAGCACUGUACAUCAGGCUUCGUCCUACUGCUUGGUUCAAUCAUAUAUCAAUGAGGAUGGAGAUCUACGGAUGUCCAGCGUGCGCUAAACCACUUGGUAUGGAGAGCGGCGCCAUUUUGGAUGCACAGAUUACUGCUUCUUCGGAAUUUGAUGGAAAUCAUGCUGCUACGCAAGGCAGGUUGAACUUCCUAGCGGUCCCAGGUAAAGCAGGAAGCUGGUCAGCUCGCACAAAUGACGUCAAUCAAUGGAUACAAGUAAAACUUCCCGUAUACACAAGGAUAACCAGGUUUGCAACGCAAGGAAGAAAUGCAUUCAACCAGUGGGUAACGAAGUACAAGUUAGAGUACAGCGAGGACGGUGUAACUUUUGAUUAUUACCAUGAACCAGGCCAGAGUGCAGCUAAGAUAUUUCAUGGAAACACGGAUAGUAACACUAUUGUGACCCAUGAAUUGCUUCCUCCCAUCCAAGCACUUUACAUCCGGCUUCGUCCUACUGCUUGGUUCAAUCAUAUAUCAAUGAGGAUGGAGAUCUACGGAUGUCCAGCGUGCACAAAACCACUUGGUAUGGAGAGCGGCGCCAUCUUGGAUGCACAGAUUACUGCAUCCUCAGAAUUUAAUGGAAAUCAUGCUGCUACGCAAGGCAGGUUGAACUUCCUAGCGGUCCCAGGUAAAGCAGGAAGCUGGUCAGCACGCACAAAUGACGUCAAUCAAUGGAUACAAGUAAAACUUCCCGGAUACACAAAGAUAACUCAGUUCGCCACACAGGGAAGAAAUGCAUUCAACCAGUGGGUAACGAAGUACAAGAUAGAGUACAGCGAGGACGGUGUGACGUUUCAUUAUUACCAUGAACCAGGCCAGAGUGUAGCUAAGAUAUUUCAUGGAAACACGGAUAGUAACACUAUUGUGACCCAUGAAUUACUUCCUCCCAUUCAAUCACUUUACAUCCGGGUUCGUCCUACUGCUUGGUUCAAUCAUGUAUCAAUGAGGAUGGAGAUCUACGGAUGUCCAGCAUGCACUAAACCACUUGGUAUGGAGAGUGGCGCCAUCUUGGAUGCACAGAUUACUGCAUCUUCAGAAUUUAAUGGAAAUCAUGCUGCUAAGCAAGGCAGGUUGAACUUCCUAGCGGUCCCAGGUAAAGCAGGAAGUUGGUCAGCUCGCACAAAUGACGUCAAUCAAUGGAUACGAGUAAAACUUCCCGGAUACACAAGGAUAACCAGGUUUGCGACGCAAGGAAGAAAUGCAUUCAACCAGUGGGUAAAGCAGUACAAGUUAGAGUACAGCGAGGACGGUGUGACUUUUCAUUAUUACCAUGAACCAGGCCAGAGCGCAGCUAAGAUCUUUCAUGGAAACACGGAUAGUAACACUAUUGUGACCCAUGAAUUGCUUCCUCCCAUCCAAGCACUUUACAUCAGGCUUCGUCCUACUGCUUGGUUCAAUCAUAUAUCAAUGAGGAUGGAGAUCUACGGAUGUCCAACAUGCGCUAAAUCACUUGGUAUGGAGAACGGCGCCAUCUUGGAUGCACAAAUCACUGCAUCCUCAGAAUUUGAUGGAAAUCAUGCUGCUACGCAAGGCAGGUUGAACUUCCUAGCCGUCCCAGGUAAAGCAGGAAGCUGGUCAUCUCGCACAAACGACGUCAACCAAUGGAUACAAGUAAAACUUCCAAGAUACACAAAGAUAACCCGGUUUGCGACGCAAGGAAGAAAUGCAUUCAACCAGUGGGUAACGCAGUACAAGUUAGAGUACAGCGAGGACGGUGUGACGUUUCAUUAUUACCAUGAACCAGGCCAGAGUGUAGCUAAGAUAUUUCAUGGAAAUACGGAUAGUAACACUAUUGUGACCCAUGAUUUGCUUCCUCCCAUCCAAGCACUGUACAUCAGGCUUCGUCCUACUGCUUGGUUCAAUCAUAUAUCGAUGAGGAUGGAGAUCUACGGAUGUCCAGCAUGCGCUAAACCACUUGGUAUGGAGAGUGGCGCCAUCUUGGAUGCACAGAUUACUGCAUCCUCAGAAUUUAAUGGAAAUCAUGCUGCUAAGCAAGGCAGGUUGAACUUCCUAGCGGUCCCAGGUAAAGCAGGAAGCUGGUCAGCUCGCACAAAUGACGCCAGUCAAUGGAUACAAGUAAAACUUCCCGGAUACACAAAGAUAACUCAGUUCGCCACACAGGGAAGAAAUGCAUUCAACCAGUGGGUAACGAAGUACAAGAUAGAGUACAGCGAGGACGGUGUGACGUUUCAUUAUUACCAUGAACCAGGCCAGAGUGCAGCUAAGUUAUUUCAUGGAAACACGGAUAGUAACACUAUCGUGACCCAUGAAUUGCUUCCUCCCAUCCAAGCACUGUACAUCAGGCUUCGUCCUACUGCUUGGUUCAAUCAUAUAUCAAUGAGGAUGGAGAUCUACGGAUGUCCAGCAUGCGCUAAAUCACUUGGUAUGGAAAGUGGCGCCAUCUUGGAUGCACAGAUUACUGCAUCCUCAGAAUUUGAUGGAAAUCAUGCUGCUACGCAAGGUAGGUUGAACUUCCUAGCGGUCCCAGGUAAAGCAGGAAGCUGGUCAGCUCGCACAAAUGACGCCAGUCAAUGGAUACAAGUAAAACUUCCCGGAUACACAAAGAUAACUCAGUUCGCCACACAGGGAAGAAAUGCAUUCAACCAGUGGGUAAAGAAGUACAAGAUAGAGUACAGCGAGGACGGUGUGACGUUUCAUUAUUACCAUGAAGCAGGCCAGAGCGCAGCUAAGAUAUUUCGUGGAAACACGGAUAGUAACACUAUUGUGACCCAUGAAUUGCUUCCUCCCAUCCAAGCACUGUACAUCAGGCUUCGUCCUACUGCUUGGUUCAAUCAUAUCUCAAUGAGGAUGGAGAUCUACGGAUGUCCAGCAUGCGCUAAACCACUUGGUAUGGAGAGUGGCGCCAUCUUGGAUGCACAGAUUACUGCAUCCUCAGAAUUUAAUGGAAAUCAUGCUGCUAAGCAAGGCAGGUUAAAUUUCCUAGCGGUCCCAGGUAAAGCAGGAAGCUGGUCUGCUCGCACAAAUGACGUCAAUCAAUGGAUACAAGUAAAACUUCCCGGAUACACAAAGAUAACUCAGUUCGCCACACAGGGAAGAAAUGCAUUCAACCAGUGGGUAACGAAGUACAAGUUAGAGUACAGCGAGGACGGUGUGACGUUUCAUUAUUACCAUGAACCAGGCCAGAGUGUACCUAAGAUAUUUCAUGGAAACACGGAUAGUAACACUAUUGUGACCCAUGAAUUGCUUCCUCCCAUCCAAGUACUCUACAUUAGGCUUCGCCCUACUGCUUGGUUCAAUCAUAUAUCAAUGAGAAUGGAGAUCUACGGUUGUGAAGCUUAAAAGCUCUUCAUUUGGACGCUGACACAGACAAUCUGCUCUGACAGCAGCCCCGUACUUGUCACCAUAUUUUUAUGUAUUAAUUUCUACUCGCAUCGAUGGCAAUGUUAUUUCAUGGCAGCAAUACAGUUUCUUAAUAAAAUGAUGCUUUACCCCAGCAUCUCAUUUUUCACAGUUUUCUUGCAACUUUCAUGAACGUGUCAGUUGUGUGGGACGCGGACAAGGUAAUGAUUCAUAGCGUCAUUUGUCAAGUGAAGUGUGUCAGAGGAGCCAAAUCACUUGCAUUGGGCUCAAAGUUCCCAAAGCGCAAAAUUAUUGCAACUGUCAAGAUAGAACUCCGUGAACAUGCAACUAUUGAAAAACCACACGACGAUUAGACACAUAAAAGACUGAGGAUUUCUGUAUCGGUGGAACGGAGGUUUACAGUGCCGUCUAGGAAACACAGGAAGUUAUUGCCUCCAAUGUAGAAAGGAGGUCGUACCAAUCCUGCCAUAUGAUUUUUCUGAAUAGAUGCUCAGUCAUACUCAUAUUUUGUAAAUGUUCGGAUACGACGAGAAGGUGAAGCCUGAUGGUUGGAGAAGUAAUGCACUUGUCCUAUUUUCAAGCCUUUUGCCAACAGAAUUUAUGCCUAGGAUUUUUUCUCGGUUUUUCCGGCUUCAUUACCUUCACUUCCCUUCGUACUAAGCGCACCUUAAGCUAAUUCAAAUUUCCGAAGAGAGUUUUAUCGUCUAUUUGCAUAAAUCGGCCAUGAAAGCCCUUUUGGAUUGUCAUCAGUUCAGACGAAAAUAAGGCUAUGAUAGUUUUUAUUUAUUUAUUUAAUUUUCAAGUAAUUAUUUUCGUGAGAAAGAUCGAUAAACUUAGCUCGCCGUCUGGUCACUGGAGUGUUUUCUGUGAGGAUUUCGAGCUGGGCUAUGGCCAAGGUGACCAUCUAUCGCAUUCAAAGUUAAGAUUGACCGAGAAGCCAUGCGAGUUCUUCAUGUAAAUUAUGAAGUUUUACUUCAUACGCUGUCGUUGUUUGGGCAAUAUCAUGACAUCUUAGGCAAAAUAAAGCUUCACCCUUUGUGCCGUGACAUCAGCAUACACAAUCUCCAUACUUUUAUCUGUAAAAUUCCCUAAGUACUCAUAUGAUGUACUGCCAUAUGACGAAAUAUUUUCAGGCCCUAUUUUCACCACUGCUUAAGUAGUGUUCAUUACUGCGAAGAUCGCUUUCACAUUCAUUUAUAAGGAGGCUUUGUUUAACGAUUAAGAUAUUCUUAAGUUUGCGACUUUUUUGCAUAGUUAUUGCUUGUGAUAUUCGAUUCAGCCGUGACUGUAUAAGGAGAAAUUAGAUUGUAGUCGCUCUUGGGGCGUUAAUGGGUAAAUGUCUUCAUCUCUGUGGUAAAAUAAAGAUACCAAUGAAACGGCUCGUUAUUCCUGGUAUCGUUUGCGACGCCGUCAAUUUCGCUUCACAAGCGAAGUCAGAUCG